UCUAGAUCUAUCUAGAUCUAGUAGGUCUAGAUCUAAGCAUUUAACUUCAUUCAAUGUACCAAGCUCACUCCAAACAUUUGCCCAUUUAUUUAUUUAAAAAAAAAAACAACAACAACAAACGAACAAAUAUAAUAUAAGAUCAUUUUUAUUGAUGUCCAAAACUGGCUGUCCGAAAUAAAUUUUGGUAAGAAAAUCGUAAUUUAAUUCGGACACUGUAUUAAUUUUUUUUUUGUAUGGAAUUAGAAAACAUGGCUUAUGAAUCAAAUAAAUUAGCUCCAAAAACAGAAUAAAUAUUGCCGGGCUCAUUAGUAUAGACUUAGCAAAUCAAAAAAUAUAGUCUUAACUCUAGGCCUAGGAAGAGGUAAAGUUGUCCGGGUAACAUAGGAAAAAACAACAACCUGACUAACAAAUUUGAAAUUCGUUUUUCUUACAUAAAAAGACAGCUAAAUUGAAGGAAAUUGGGUCAGAAUCAUUGGAAAAUGGACAAGCACAUUAUACAGCGCGCUAGUUUUAUAAUACAUAUUAAAAUAAUUAUUUAAUGACCACAAAAAACAGCGAAUGUCCGAAUUCAUGUAAUGUCCGAAUUAAAUAAACUACCAUAUAUAUAGAUCUAGAUAGAUUUAAAAGUUAAAAGUAAAUUUAAUUCAUGACAUAAGCCUAAAGGCUAAGGAUAAGACAACUUCUAGAGCACUCUAAGUCUAUAUAUAUAUAUAGGCUAUAUUUUAUAUUCUAUAUUAAUCUAGAUCUAUAUAAUCUGUAUCAUUAUGGAUGAUUAACAUCUCAUUUACUGAUCUAGGCCUUUAUUGCCUUCAAUGACUACAAUCUACUCUAGGCUGAGUGUUUGUUAGUUUUAAUAUCAAAUGUCUUAAAAGUGAGCUAACAGAAUUAUUGAAAUUUGAAAAAUACAAAUUUCCUAAUAUGAUCAAUUAUUGUACCAAACAGCAUUGCUGUAUCUUUGAUACUGAUAGGAGAAAAAAUUUAAAAUGUCAACUUUUUCACAAAGUUUUGUUAAGAAUUUCGCGGAAAACAGGCAAUAUGGAGUCUAAGGCUUUAUGAUAAAGCAAACUAUCACUAACAAUCUACAGGACAUACAGGACAUACAUUAUCUUUAUAUAAUAGUUAUUAACAGAGUUAAUAUUUAAUAACUAAUGAACCAAUCAUGCUAGUAAGCUAGUAAUACACUUGAUAAACUUAUUUGAUAAUAUAUACAUUGGUGUGCCCUGGAUGUGGCAAAAUAUGUAGGUCACAGCUGGGGCUGUGCAGCCAUGGGAAAUACUGCACUCCUCACUUAUUUUCAGACUCGAAGACAAGCCAUAUUAUUAUUAUAAUAAAAUGAUUAUAUACAUGUUAGCCAAUGCUACUGUCAGUGUAGGCCAAAAGCUUCAAGGUUUUGAGAAAUAAAUGUAUAUAUAUAUAUAUAUAUAUAUAUGUAUUUAAACUGUUAAAGGCUACAUCUAGAUCUAGUUCAACCAUGGUUCAUCAACUGAGUUGUUGGAAAUUUUUCUUUUGAAGACAAAGUUUUGUAGACUACCAUAGAUUUUAUAGAUAUAGAAACUAGAUCUUUCCUGUUUUGAAAAGAUAUGUCAUUUUAAAACUACAAAUAAAAGACAAACAAACAAGUGACCUUUCAGCUGCUAAUUGUGUCAUAAAGUACUAGAGCUAUACUAAAGGACUAUAGAUUUUAAGCAGUGGUUUUUCCAGCCAGCAGUGCUUCAUUUGUUAGAGAUUCAUUCUGUGAAUUAUUGUCUCUUGUGGAGCGUCACAUAAGAAAUGAAGAAAAACAAAUUUCUUUCCUUUGUGGAUUUGUUGCCUAGAAUCAUGGUGAAAGAUCCAGUCACACACAGCACAUGGGAAGAUGGGAAGUUUACUUCCUAUUUAAUUUGCAUCAAGACUAAUCAUCCAGCGUUUCACUUGCCUAUGUCUGCUGUCAGACGAAGAUUUUCAGAGCUUGUGUGGUUAGCCAAAGUAUUAAAAGCCAAUCAUCAAUAUGUGAGUUUCCCAACAUUUCCUCCAAAGACAGUCUGGGCUGAAAGAUUCAAUGAAGUAUUUAUUAAUGAAAGAAUGAAAUUAAUUGAAAAUUAUCUCAAUGAGCUCUUGGUCACGGAUACAGUUUUGUCAGAUGCUGCCUUUCACUUGUUUUUACAGACAGAUUUAACUAAAGAAGAAAUGGAGGAAUACUUUGCUGGAAGGCUGUCUGAUGAGUUUAUUGAAUCAGCCUGGAAGAAUGUUGGUCAUGUACACACAAGUCCUUAUGUUGUCAACAUUAACACAGUACCAUGUCAACCACAAGAAAUUUCUAUGAAUGAAGAAGAUUUGCGACAGAACAAAAGAAAACUUUCAGGCUCAAUGGGCUCCUCUGCAGAACAUUCUGUGAAUUCUACUGGGCCAUCCAGUAACACACAGACUGCAACAAAACAAUUAGCAUAUGCAGAAGUUGUUCCAACCAGUAGUACUGUGAAUGAAGAGAAGUCUAUAGCUUCAACUGAACGUAAUCACACAAGCUCUGUUGGUAGUUCAGACUUUGAAAUAUCUCUUCAAACUGAUGAAUCAAUCAAACUUAGAUUCACUGCUUCCAAACAUUAAUUAAUGUGAACAAUCUCUAAAUAGUUAUGCAUUGAGCUGAAGAGGGAUAUUGUAACAACACUGUCAAAGAAUAAUGUGCUAUUUUUGUGUUUGUGCAAAAAGAUUGUAAACUGUAGAUCAGUUUAAACAAAAAUCCAACUAGCUACACUAGUGUUGAAGAUGUUCAAGCUAAUAUCAUUCCCCAAUUACCAAAUAUUUGUUUCAUUCAUGAAUAUGCUGUUAUUUUUGUUUUGUGACAAUUGUUGAAAAAUAGCCUAAUUUAAAUGAUGUUCAUUUUGAAUUGAUCUAAUUUUUCAUUAAUACAUAACUAUGCACAUAGACACACACAAAACUGCUUCAAAACUUAUGCAAGUGAACAUUACAUUACACUUUUGCAAUCUACAAGUGGUUGUAAAUUUAAUCAAAGUGCCUUAACCAUGAUGAAACUUGGUGCUUACAGUAAUUGCUUUACAGAAGCUGAGUAAAAUAAUGUGUAAAUAUGUAUGUAAGUAACCUAGAUAGUAGGGCUAGCCUUCAAAACAAAUUUUAUCAAGUUUUUUGUUUCGAUGAUUUACAACUCUACUUUUCCUUCCUUACAGUUAUCAAAAUGUAAUUGUAUUAAACUUGCGUGAUAUUUGUACAUAAAUAUGUGUCAAUAAAUCUGACCUUCACCUAUUGAAACUA